AUGGCGGCCGAUGAUCUGAAAUCAAGUGUCAAGGAGUAUUUGGAAGGUCUUCCUGAGGUCAUUCUGACUCGGUUGUAUGAGUCUCCAGCCACUUGUUUGGCUGUUUUUCGACUUCUUCCUGCUUUGGCUAAGAUGCUUGUUAUGAGCAUGUUGUAUCGAGAUGAAUCAGUUCACAUUAGCGAGAUUGAGAAAUUUGUCAAGACAAAGUCGAGAAAAUUACAGGUAGAGGCUCUACAGAAACUCAAAGCAUUGCAUUUGAUCACUGAGGUACGGCGUGAUAGAAGUAUACGACUCAGUUCUACAUUUAGAAAUAGUUUCAGGUCGGCUCUGACUACUGGUCCUGCUAACCAGUCGUUUGGUGUCCCUUGUGAGACCGAUGAUAAACACAAGGUGGAUAUUGCAUUUUUAGAUAAGCAUGCUAGUGAUAAAUGGGAGGGGAUUCUUCAUUUCAUGGUCGGUACCGAAUCCACUGGUGAUUUUGGCAAUACGGCUCCUCCUCCUGGUGAAGGUGUUUUAUCAUUAUUACAUCAUAGCGGGUUAAUGGAGAAUGCUAUGGGGUCUGAUAUGAUGGUUGGUAGGAAUGAAUCUGUAGAAGGAAUGCGUAUAUCAAGUGGUGGAUUCCAAUUCCUACUUCAAUCGGUUAAUGCCCAGAUCUGGACCCUGCUACUCCAGUAUCUGAAUAUGGCAUCAAAUCUGCAAAUGGACCCUGUAGACGUUCUUAACUUCAUAUUCAUGCUUGGUUCUUUGGAAUUGGGUAAAGAUUACUCUCUGUCAGCAUUAAGUGAUACCCAGAUCAAAAUGUUGGAAGACUUGCGUGACUUUGGUCUUGUAUAUCAAAGAAAGUCGUCUUCACGACGGUUUUAUCCUACUCGUUUGGCAACGACUCUGACCUCUUCAGAUGCUAGUGCACUUCGAUCCGCAUCGUCAUCUAUGGAUGCUGCUAUCAAUGAAGCAGGUACUCCUCCUGUAACUACCACUUCGUCGUCUAAAUCACUUAUCACCAACAAUCCUGGAGACUCGGGAUUCAUCAUCCUUGAGACUAAUUUCCGGUUAUACGCAUACACAGAUUCACCUCUUCAGAUUGCAGUGUUGAACCUCUUUGUUCACUUGAAAACGCGAUUCGCAAAUAUGAUCACUGGUCAGAUCACUCGAGACUCGGUGCGGAGAGCUCUUAUAAAUGGUAUCACUGCUGACCAGAUCCUCACUUAUCUAAGUGUCUAUGCCCAUCCACAAAUGAAGAAAAACGAUCCUGUGAUUCCUCCAACUGUUAUGGAUCAGAUCAAGCUGUGGCAACUGGAAAUGGAUCGGAUCAGAGCCAGUGAUGGAUUUCUGUACACUGACUUUUCCAGCUUCCAGGAGUACGACCUGGUUGCAACAUACGCAGCUGAACUCGGUGUACUUGAAUGGCAAGACCCCAAACGGUGGCGUUUCUUUGUGUCUCGUGAGGGCAAUGCCCAAGUUGUCGACUUUGUCAACCGCCGAAAAGCUAAGUAA